AUGAUUCGCCUCCUGCAGAACGGGAACCAGGUGAAGUUGUGGACAGCCUGGUAGGCAAACAAGUGGAAUAUGCCAAAGAAGAUGGCUCAAAAAGGACUGGCAUGGUCAUUCAUCAAGUUGAAGCCAAACCAUCUGUCUAUUUCAUCAAGUUUGAUGAUGAUUUCCAUAUUUAUGUCUACGAUUUGGUGAAGACAUGCUAGACGCUAGACGUCAUCGUGAACUUUUGCCAAAUUUGUGGAACUAUUAAAUGUAAAAUUUGUAGACACAAAGACUUGACUGCUUUCCAGUUGAAUGAAAGCUUAAAUGUCCCUGCGAACCCACAAUCUCUGCCAGCAAAACUGUUUCAUUCUGAAUAAUAUAAACAAAUGUGACACAUUUUGUGUAAAAGAACUCCUUUUCGUGAAGGAAGUCAAUAUAUUUGGGCAGGAGGGAGUUAAAAGCAAAGAACAGCUGCAAAUUCAAGCUGUGUAAAGUUGAUAUAGUAUUGUAAUCAUUAAUCUAAAUUUUUUCGUAGAUUUAACUUUUUCUUCAACCUUGCACUCACUUGUUCAACUGCCACAUGCAAGUGUAGUUUGAUACUUUGAUAUGCCUUCUUUUGUAACAUUAAAUUUAAUUUUUUGGCUACUGGCAGUCCUUGUUUUCAGGGUUGGGACAGAGGUGAGUUUUUUUCUGAAAGGCUGAAACGGUUUAUGCAGCAUUGACGAGUGCCUAACCCAAGUAUCAUCAAUCUGCUGUGUUUCUACACUUCAUUUCAAAUUUAGCCUUUUAAGAACUUGCAGUACACGGAAAUACUCGUGCAUUUUUACUAGUCACAGGGCAGUAGGGUAUCAAGUGUUUGACGUACGCACCUUUCAGUGAAAAGGCUUUAAACUGUAAAGCCAUAUUUAAUCUGUAUAACCAGUUAAAUAGAAAAUGCAGGUUAAUGGCCCGUAUUUACAAGUUGUAGGAACCAGUGAAACACAUGCAACAAGGCUGCCUUUGAUCCGAAAUGUUGUACUUCUUUCUUUUGUUUGUUAUACACACUUCUUAGCAAAACCCAAGUGCUUGGUGCCACGACUUCUAACAGUAUAUGUGCUACUUCAGAAGACUUUAGACUACGCAUUGGCAAUCAGUAGUCUCUCAUGUAAUGUCAAAACCUAGCGACCUGAAUGUUUGUGUGUGGACUUAGAAGCCUAACAGUAGUUAAUACUUUAACAUGGUAAAUGCAAUCUCACGCCGAGGGGUGGGAGGGGAUGUCCUUUUACACUGAAAGCUUACUUUAGAGAAGGAGAAGCAUUUGUUGCCUUCUGCUCAGUCUGUUGCAUUCCGUUGUUUUGUUGUUAACCAUUUUGGUUCAAGAAGGCAUCUUCCCAAUUUAUUCAUUUUCUAGCUUUUCCACAUAAGGAGUGUCUGGACAAACCUACAGCUUAAACCUGUUGUUGCCUUUUGUGGUGUACAUUGUACUUGCUUUGAGAUACGCUGUUAACGUGAAUUCCAUUCUAAGAACACUAGAGUUCUGCAUGCCAGUGGUGUACUAUCUAAUGGAAGCUAUAGGCAGUCUCAGUGUUUCAAUCAUCUGCAUUAGAUUGUGGAUGUAAAUAGCAGCCCACAACAGCAAAAUCCUUUCACAGUUUUAAUCUUGCAAGAUAGUUGUAAAUGAAAACUAGGGUUUUUUUAAGCGUGGCAGCAACGAUCAGCACAGCAACACAAUUGUCAUGUUACAUUCAGGCAGAGCUCUGCAAGUUCCAAAGAACUGCUUCACAGAAAUACAGAGUGUGAAGACAGUCAGCACUGUUGAUGGAAGGAACAAAUACUCUGAUGUCCAAUAUCCGACCAUAUGCCAGUAGUGGAAGGAUGCAGGAGAGGUGCUGUUAAUCAGAAUUCAGAGGUCCGGAUGACCUCUGUUGUGGGUAUUCUUGAUAUUGAAGACAGUGGUUUAAGCCCCUUUCUGUCCAUUUUUUGCCUGAUUUCAUAUUUUAGCCUUAAGGCUUGUGCCUCAUUGUGCUGUUGAAUGGUAAUAAAUACUCUCCAUAUAAAUAUGAUACCUUAAUUCUUUGUCCAUCGCUACUAUAUUGCAUUAUGUCCAGUAUUUCAUCAUGGUCAAUCAAAGGCAGGCUAUUGUCUCUCAGUGAACAGCUUCUCAAUGCAGUCCUUAAGCACUAAGUACCCCAGUCGUCAAUGUUCCUUGUGUUUUGAACAAAGUGAGCAGAUUUGCAACACAGUGUUUUUCAUCCUGCAGAUCUGUUAUGUGUUUUCUAUUGACUCUUAAGAGUCCUGCAUGUAAAUCUCAAAGCUGAGCCUGGCUCCAUGAGCCCAAGUUGAUAUUUGUGGCACAAGAAUGAGUGAGUGUAUUGAUUAAUACACAAGAUACAUGAAUAACCUAGUACACUGAACUUUGGGCUAUAUAUCUGAGGAAUACAAGGUUUGUUUUGAAAUAUCUGAGGUUUAGGUCUACUGGAACAUUUUUAGCAUUAGGCUUGCAUUUGUGGGUUUUCUGCAAGCCUCUUGAAUACACCAUGUAUUCUGCCAAUUAGAGUAUAAUCUAUAAACUGUAAAUUUUAUGGUUGUUUCUAGAUGUCCCCGUUGUCUGUUGCGUGGGUAUUUCUUUUCAUCUUUUUUUUUUUCUUCUUAUUUUUUCCUUUUUUUUUUUUUUUAAUUUGAUAGCUUAAACCACCUUUUUGAGGCUUGAGACUAAUUCCACUCCCUGCCCAUCUGCUUUGGGCUUUGUUUUAGGCUCAUGUUUCAGAUCUGCAUGCAGUGCUUGCGUUACCCUGGUAACUAAAUGUUGGUUCCUUGUUAUAGGGGUUCAACAUUACUUUCCAAAAUCACAUAGGGCUUGUGAUGGCACAAGCCAUGGAUCUUUGUAUAAAAGUUAUUUGCCUUUCACAUUUACCUGCUGUAGUGUUUGUUGUAUAUUGUGUGUGUGUGUGUGAGACGUCAGGCUGCCAUGUAAAACUUUAUAAAAGAAAAAAAAAACUUAAAUGCAGACCAUCCUUUUUUGCAUGCUUAGAGGGUUAGAACGUUCAGUGUAACAAACUAAUGCAUGUUAAAAUGUUUAGGUUUUUGUUUUGUUCUGUUUUUAUUUUGUGUUCAGUUUUUUGUGAAUUUGCUUAUUGUGCUGUUUUAAUGGUUGUUAGUAGGAUUAAAUGCACCGGUGAGACGAGCAUAGUGCCAACGGAAGGUAAUUUUCCAGUUGUAUGUGUCAUACAGCAUUUGAAGGGACCAUGUAUUCUGUUAAAGAAAAAAUUAAAUUACAGUUGAUAUCAAAAUACUACAUUUUUCUUCUUUCUUUUGAGUGCCAAACCCUAAAUGUGCUGGAGUAGACAUGGGGAAAACCCUUUUUAGUGCAGCAGGUAGAAGCCUUCUUUAAGUGAAUUAUUUAAAAAUAGGCUUUAUUUUCAGAUAGAAUUGACUAGUUGCUUCAGGGAAAAGAGUUAAGGUAAAAACAGUUUCUGGUUCCUUGAAAAUGCUGUGCUUUUUGUAUUUUACAUCAUUAGUGCAAUUUGGAUGGUUCUUGGUAUGUGUAUAGUUCAAAGGUCUUCGUGUUCACAUUUUAAAAUUAGGUAAUGAAUUCAUCUUUAGAGCUUGGUUUCAUUAUUUUUAUUUUAUUUCGAACAAUGUAGACAGUUCCCUGUUCUCUGCAUUUAGAAGUAUAAACACUUUAAAUCUGUUACUUAAUUCUGUAAGUAAUUUUUAUAAUUAUGAUGUAACUCUAUCCUUAAAACAUUUAAAAUAAACCCUUUAUGUGCAACUUA